AGUUCACACCUAGCUAGAAUAGAAAACAAUAAUACAUAUUAACAGCAAGUUGGGAUAAAGAAAUGAAUUCUCGGUGACGGGUCAUUUUCAUGGGAACAGUAGUGAAUUCCUUGACCAAUAAGGCCUGCACUCAGAAGAACCCAUCUAUAAAGGGGAAUGGAGGAACCCCAUGUCUCUCGCAAAUAAUUCAGAAGAUCGAGGACGGACUAGCUAGCAGAUAUAUAGCAGAGCAGGGGCUUGUUUCCAUUAACUUUUGGCGAAGAUCGAUGGGGAUUUGGUUAUAUGACGUUAUGAAUAUUUCAAGGAAAGGUUUGCUCUUAGAGAAGUCUGCUACAACCCGACAUUUAAAUGACAUCACCACCACCAUCAACGAAGAGUGCGGAGACUGGAACAGCGAUUGGGUGUUUUAUCACGAUCGCGGGAGGAUACGUGUGAGAGUGUUCGAUGACGGCGGCUGGGGGCUGGUGAUUCAUAUUAAACGAGACGGCACGCAAGAUUUAAUCCAAAAAUGGGAUAUACAAAAUAACUAUACGAGAAUUCAUUUGGUUUUCGGCCAAAGUAAGAUUUGGUUUUAUCCAACGGUUCAUCCUUUAAAGAAAGACGGAGAGCAGCACAAGGCAUGGGUCUUGCAGAUCGAGAAAAACUGGAACUGGCAGCCGUGCGAUGCGUAAAUUAAGUAAAGCAAGGAGUUUGAUAGGCUUGUUCAUUUCGUGCUUUUGCUUCGUUGGCUUUAUCUUAUCGUUAAUAAAGGGGUGUUUGCAGUUUUACGACCGUUAAUAUGUAUGUUUCUGCUUUGUAAAAUUAUUUCUGCAUGAAUUAAUUUUGUUUUUGGGUCAA